CAUCCGUCAUAACUCCGUUGAAAUUAUCAACACAUAUAGCAUUCACAAGAAGAAUCCAUAAACACAUGAACUUCAUACCUAAAAAGGACACUUAGCUACCCAAUUCAGCAUACCUCAGCAUGUCACCGCCAGUCUUCCCACCCGAAGAGCUCCGGCAAAUAGUCCAAGAAGUAGCCACACUCCUCAAAGAGCGCAAAGAGACCAUCUCCGUAGCAGAAACAGCAGCAGGUGGUCUGAUCUCCGCAGCACUCCUCUCCUUCCCCGGUGCAUCAACCUACUACCGCGGUGGUCUCACCCUGUACACACUCGAGUCGCGAAUCGCAUACUGCGGCUGGACACAAGAAACCAUCAAAUCCUACAGCGGCCCAACCCCUACCAUCGUCUCUGGCCUCGCCGAGCACACGCGCAAGACACUGGGUAGCACAUAUACCAUUAGCGAGAGCGGAACCGCAGGGCCAACGGGGGGCACGACACGGAACCGUACGCCAGGCUACGUAGCGCUGGCGGUGGCACGGGAGGGCGGGGAGACAGUGACUCGAGAAGCAGAGACGGGGAGCAGCGAGCGCGAAGCCAACAUGGUGGCUUUUGCUGUGCAAGGCCUCAAGCUCGUACGCGAUGUGCUCCAGGGAGGAGGGGAGGAGAAGUUGUAAACCAUGUAAUGACCUCAGUCUUGG